AUGGAUCAUUUAUCUGAAUUUAUUGAGUCCUCUGACGCGUCGAAAACUAAUCAACAAAAGCCUUGUGAUAAUGUAUUAUCCAAUGAACCAACAAAUAUCAUUGAAACUGAAUAUUCUGUUGAAGAAUGCAUGCGGGCUAUCCAAAAAGCUAGUAAACCAAAGCCUAUGUCAGUGUGCAAGCCUGAUGAGCUGACGUCGUGUGUAAAUGAAGACUAUGAUGUUUCUGAAGAGCCGUAUUAUAUGCAACUUACUCGGAUUCGGCGCGAAUUGGAGGAUUUAUGGGAUGAAGCGAAAUCUACCAGAGAAAAGCAAGAAGUAGAUUCUCUAUCAAACAUACUAGAUAAAUUAUGGCUGGAAAAGCUGUCUAGAUUUCGAAAGAGCUAUUCUGUAGAUCCAGAGUCUGCUUCUAUCCCAAAUUCCGGCACAGAAAAUCCUGAACUUUAUAAACAGCCUCCUGUGGAGUCUCUUCCGGAAAAUAAACGGAAUGACUAUAAUGAAACUUUUAUUCCGUUAAAAGUGGCAGAUUUUGAAUCUCGAAUCUCAAUGCUGGAGAAACGCGUAGGUAAUGCAGAAGAGCCCUUAAGCAUGACAAUUGAAAGUUGUUUGCAGAGAUUACAAGCAUUUGAAAAGAAUCCAUUGAUUUUUGAAGAAAAAAUUUCUACUUGGGAAACGAUUCGAAACCGUUUGCCAAGGACCGGUGACAAUGUUAAUGAGCAAGCUGGCUAUAAAAGUAAUCCUUCUACACCAGCAAACUUGGCUCCUGGUGAGUUAUUAGAUGAAAAAGAGUACAGAUUACUUUCGGAAAUUCUCUUUGUCCAUCUGCAGGAUAUGGAAAACUAUCAAACUCUAAUGCCUGCUCUGCUAAAACGAUUAAAAUCUUUGCAUUGCUUGCAUUUGGAAACAGCUGAAACAAUGAACCGCUGGCAAACCCUUGAAAGCAUGUUAGAAUCUACAUCUAAUUCGUUAAAUCAAUGGAAUCAGCUACUGAAACGCUUGGAAACAUCUUCAUUUCCCGAACAGAGCAUGAACGAAAUUCAAACGCUUUAUAAACGCAUCUCUAACCUUGAGGAACUUUGCAAAUAA